UUACGCGGCGACAAAACCAUGGAGGCCGGCAAGAAUGACUUUAUGCAGCAGUACAAAACAAUUUCCCUAAAACUCAAAAAGAGGUUCCUUCGCAAACCAAACUUGGCCGAAGUCAGCGACCAGUACACGGCCCUCGGGAAACAGUUGCAGCACCAGGACUGUCCUCAUUAUGCCGGGAUGUGCAGCCUCGCUGCCGCAAAAUGCGAGCAGUCCAUGGGGAACAGCGCGGCCGAAGCACAGGCUUUGGCGCAAGGGGCACGACAGUUCUUCACUGCCGAGGCGGACUACCACGCCCUGCUGUGUCCAUCGAUCGAUGAACACCUGGCGGCGGCGGUGCAUUGCUUCUCGCGUGCCAUCGACCUCUACGUUCAACUCCAGGAGCCAACCCUGGCGGCCGCACUGUGCACCGAAGCCGGCCAAUGCCUCCGCUCCAUCGACCGAGCACACCUGGCGAUGACGUUUUUGCAGCGGGCCGUACAGUUGCAAAGCAAGUGUGCCUUGGGCUACGUGGACGCACUUCAAGAGCUGGCUACCUGCCAAAUCGAAACCGGUGACUACUCCGGUGCCCUGUCGUCAUUCACUGAAGUUUACACGAUAUCUCAGGAAAAAAGCAUGCACGGCGGCCGCCCGAUGGGCGCCAUGGCGACGACUCUGGCAUCGGCGGAGAUCAUGCGGCUUCUGUUGCUCCUAGUACUACAGCCAUCAGCGCAAAAGAUGCCCGCAGAGCACGCCGCCCUUCUCGACCGUUACCUGUACGACAGCCCGGAAGAGACCACACCGAGCAAACCGAGCUACAUGAACGAGGACGUCUUUCUGCUUCUGCAAUCAUUAGUGAUGGCGUUUGAAAGCAAGGACCGAGAGUCGGUUAAGCUGCUUCAGGGCCACCUGUGGCCUUUGCUGAAGGCUGAACAAAACGACCUUCUUCAUGAAGCAGUUGACAGACUCUGUACAUGACUGUGCUGCAAGAGCUUUCACGCCGCAAAAGCGUUGUACAGUCAUUGCUGUACGCAACUGCUGCCUGUGUGUAUUAUGUGGCUCCCGAUGUCGGCAGUGCCUAAGAACGUGUUUUGCGUUGUACAGUAUCAGCGUUUCAAUGACGAUUUCCAUUGUUAAGAAUCGCGGACCCGUAAAUCAAAGGAAGUCACAGACGCUAGUUGAAGAAAAAGAACAGGCUGUGCUUUUUAUUUCUUAAACUUGAGACGUGCACAAUUUAUUCGAAGACACAAUGACAGUGGGUGAUGGCUGAAGUUGACUGCAAUGGCUGUCGGGACAUGCACAGCGGAGAAGACUGAGUGCGGAGGUCAUAACGCGUCAGUCGACACGAGUAAGUUGUGGACUAGUACCAGCAUCUGAACAAGCACGUAUUUCGGGUGUUGUACGCAGCUUUGUUUCAAGACAAAAUGACUAGCUGUUGGAAGCGGUGAGGCAGUGAAGGCGAUUAUUGUGACUAGUCGCUGAAGCCAAAUUCACGUGCUGGCAUGGAAUGGCGGAGUCGCUUUGGUUUGCGCGACAUGUGAGUAUUGCGUAGACGGAAUGACCAGCGUCGUAUAAAAAUGCUGAGUAAACAUAUUGAAUG